AUGGUAACUCUUGCAGAACUGGCCCAGGAGGUUCAAUCUCAUAUCGCUGUGAUUGAUAACUAUUUGGAGCAUAACCUUCCACAGCCCACAUUCGAUAUUGAUAGCCCAAAAAGCCCCCCUCCCGGACGCCAAUAUGCAACGAGCGAUGACGUUACUCGAAGACUUCAGCCUAGAAGAUCUCGCCACAGCACUGCAGAUCACUUGCUAGGGCAUCAGAUGACCGACAAAUAUGAUGGCACCGCUAUGCAUUUCCUGGCAGCUUUUAAUGUCUUUGAUGCGGUUCCUAAAGAGGACUCCAUCUUGCCUACACGCAGCACUGUUUCUACCCACCGAAGCCGGGCUAUGUCGCACACACGAGCAAUUCGGCUAUGGCAAGUGAUAGGACGACAUGUGCCUGGAUUUUCCACAACAUGGAAAGGCUCAUCCUUGGGAUGCAAAAAGCUGGUCGACACGACUUGUAAAUGGGAGACUCUCACAACCCGCUGCAUACGAGUCCGACUGGGAAAGGGACAAGUCGUCACGAUUGAUGGUUACGCUGGCCAUCUUCUAUCAGCGGUUGCACUAGCCUACCCCGAUCUCACUUCUGUCAUUCAAACGAAGUUCUCGCCAGGGUAUGAGAAGCGGUUCUAUGAGAAUUUUUCUGCCGAGCUCAAGGGACGAGUGACCUGCAUGGCACAUGAUCAAUAUGCUGAGCAGCCUGUCAAAAACGCGGAUCUGUACUUCAUGAGCACCUCGCUACAGGAAGAGAACCAGGAGACGGAUGCUAAGAUCCUCGCCACUGCGUUGAUGCAAAAGGAGCAAGGGGUAUACGAUGCUGGUUUGGGUCUUGCGGGUUUUAUCACCAGGUUUAGCAUUGGUACCGAUUUGCAGAUGAUGUCGGUGAUGAAUUUAUACCAUUGCAGGCAGGCGGAGUGGGUUGUCCUGUUCAAGAAAGCUGAUCCUCCAUUCGAGCUCAAGAAAUAUAUUCAAACCAUGGGUAGCUGCACUUCACUGAUGGAGUGGGUUCUGGAGUAA